AUGGCUCGAUUCACAUCCAUCGGGAUGACCCGUAAAAAGUUUGUUCAAUCUGCCGUCGAAGAGGCCCAAGGGACAAAUUACGAUGCACAAGAUGGAGCUGGACCAUCUGCAAUCCCUGAGUCGACUCAAGGAGCUCCAAGAAACGGGGGACACGGUGACAAACAGGGUAAGAAGAAGAGGAGAGGAAGGGAGAGGAUCAAGGAUGAGACUGGCAAACGAAUCGCUAUAGGUGAAAAGAAAGGUCCUGAUGCUAAGAAAGGUGGUGGUGGUGGUGGCUGGAGCAGAGAUGAAGGUGUCGCUAGACGAGCCAAACUAUCAGAUAGACAUGCUGAAGAAAGACGUCAAAAGCGUAGUGAUCAGAAGAAUAUCAACGUUACAUGUUUCGCUUGUCGAGGUGUCGGGCAUGCUUCCAAAGAUUGUCCUAACGUUUUACUGGGUGCUGGUCAAGGCGGAGAAGGAAGUGGCAUGAAGAGAAAAGGAGGAAAAGCCGGAGCUCAAGUUACGGGUGGAAAAUGUUACAGAUGCAACUCGAAAGAGCAUUCACUGCACAAUUGUCCUGACCCAAUCGAUUCCACCAAUCCAACUCCUUUCGCAACGUGCUACAUCUGUUUAGGUUCAGGGCAUCUCGCUUCUGGUUGUCCUUCGAAUGGCGGUAAAGGGAUAUACGUCAAUGGUGGAGAAUGCAAAGUAUGUAAGUCGGUUGAACAUCGAGCGAAAGAUUGCCCGGACGAUCCUCGACGUCAAUCAACGACAGAAGAAAGAGCACCUAGGAAAAGAAAUGAGGUAGUAUUGGGAACAGGAACUGGAGCAGGUGCAGAUGAAGAUGACUUCAUGGUUGAAUCUAGACAAAAUUUGGAAUCAGAUGCGCUAGAUGGGAAAGGAAAAAGAAAGAAACACGCUCCUGCAAGAAAUAGUGAAAGACCGAUGAAAAGAUUAAGAGAAGUGGAUCCUAUUACCGGUGAUUUAGGUGAAAGACUAGAAGGUGGUUAUCAAGGUCCUUCAGAGGAAGAAAAGGAAAACGAAAGAGAAAAAUUACCAUUGACAGCUAGAAAACCCGUCGCUCCUCAAGUGAAACAAAAACCCAAGGUAGUGGCUUUCUGA